AUGAGUCGUGCUGUGGACAACAUGUUUUUCUGGAAAGAUAAUAUCAAAAAAUGCAAACCGCAAGAAACUGAAGAAGAACCUUUUAGCACGAACCUUGUGGUAGUGAUAGUAGUUAACUCUUGGAUAGUUGUCGUCUCAGAGACCACAGACUCGGCCAAACGUGUGGAAGCACGACUGUCAAUUAGUGGACCACGAUACGUCGACGGCACUGUAGUGAUAGGCACCGAAUGGACCGGACUUAUGGAUUCGCCGCCAAUGUACGCAAUCCGAACUGAACAUGCCCAACUUAUAUACGAAUAA